GGAGGGGGGGAGGUGGGGGGGCGGUGCUCUUGGUACUGAUGCUGUGGACGAUCGAGAAGACGCCCCGCCUGAGAGAGUGAACGGCGAGGAGGCGCCAGAGCAGGAGGAACAAAAUCGCGGAAGCCCGGGAGCCUCGGAGGAGCCCACCGGGGAAGACUCGCUCGUGCCUGAGCCGGGACGGGGCCCUGUAGGUGAGCCCUCAUUUGAGAUCAACGUGCCUACCGGUGAGGGUCCCCAGAUCGAGCUACCUACUGGCAUGUUUGAAGAUGGCGGCAAUCGGGAUGCACACCCCAGGCUGGACCGGGAGACCCCACUGUCCCGUGUCAGUCCUGAUCAGGAGGUGGAGGAAAGAGAGGACGAAACUUUUGCCCCUCCUUUGGACGAAGAGGACAUUGACGUGGAGGAAUGCGUGCGGCUCCUCCGUCGGUUCCGUGCAGAAAGAGAGAGGCUCCGUCAGCACUGCAGGGAGCUGCAGGCGAAACUGGCGCACUACUUUAACAGCAAGACGGCGGACGACGGCCAGCAGGAGAGAGGGGGGACGGCGAUAGACCGGGACUACCGCAAGCACAUGGCGAUUCUGGCUGACCUCAAGUGGCGCCAGGCCAGAAUCACAGAGGCGGCUCAGCAGCAGACAGAAGAGCUGAAACGACGCAGCCAAGAGAAGUUAGACCAGGUGGAAAAGGAGUGGCGAGACUUGAUGGCGCUGAAGCAGGAUGUACUUGUCACAGUGCUGAGAGGGAAGCUGGGGAAACAGGCCGCUCAGGCCAAGGUGGAGCAAAUCCAGGCCUCGGAGCACCAUCACGAGGACAAGCUGGUCAAAGCGCGCCUGGAAAACAUCAGGCUGAAGAACAAAAUACGAAAGUACCAAGUCACAGACUGUCCCAAGGAGGAGCAGGAGAAGCGCCUCCAACUGCUCUGUUCUGAACUGAUGUCUGAGAGCAAGGCGUUGAAUGAGAAGAUUGAUAUGCAAAACAAGGAACUGCUGAAGCUCAGCAACAAGAUCAUCGCCACCACUGAGGUUCUGACACAUGUGAAGGAAAAGUUCCAGUGGAGUCUGACGGAGAACCACGCCAAGCGAUCCCGGCUGGCCGAGGUGAGGUCCACGGUGGCCGAGAAGAGGGACGCGUUGACAAGGCUGAAGCAGGCCUGCAACAGCCUGCGCGCGGACAACCUGCGGCUGAAGGAGCGCCGCGGGCUGCUUGGGAACACCGUCCUGCUCCGGGACUAUGAGGACCAAGUGGACGCCUGUGACCACCUGGAAGAGCAGCUGAGGCAGCUGAGGCUUGCACGAGCCGAGCUGGUCCCAAAGUCUGGCAGACGGAGGAAGAAGCGACUGUAGAAUAACUAAGGUGGGGGGGAAACAGGAAAAGCUGAGUAUAGUACAGAAAGCCUUCUUUGAAUGUGUGUACCUGCUUAGAAAACACACAAACACACACACACACACACGCACAGAAAUACUGAGACUGGACAAUCAUACAAAUAGCAUUUUAACAAAAUGCUGAUUAUUAU